AUGAAGCGCCUCAUGAAGAAAAGAUUUGUGCCUUCGUACUACUACAGGGAAGUGCAUCAGAAGUUACAUUGGCUGACUCAAGGCUCUAAGUCUGUUGAAGACUACCAUAAAGAAAUGGAGAUGCUUAUUAUUACAGCCAACAUAGAAGAGGACACUGAGGUUACUAUGACACUAUUUGUGGGUGGUUUGAAUAGAGUAAUUGCUGAUGUGGUGGAGUUACAUCAUUAUGUAGAGAUGGAGGAUUUGGUCAGUAUGGCAGUGAAGGUGGCGAGGCAACAACAAAUAAGAGCACCAAGAGGAUUAUCUCAUGCUAAUCUAAAGUGGGAGUCUCGUAAUGCUGACACAACAAAGACUAAGGGUGUUGAACCCAAUGCGUUGUUUGAUGCUAUGAAGAAGAAAGGUAAUUCUAACUCUUCUUCUGCUACUUCUAGGCAUCGAGAUAUUAAAUACUUCAAGUGUCAUGAUAUGGGUCAUUAUGCUAGUGAUUGCCCAAACAUGAGAUUGAACGUUAUUAGAGGAGGUGAUAUUGUGUCUGAUUCUGAUCAUGGUGAUGAUUUUGAUCAUAAUAGUAUGUCAUUUUUGGAGGAUUGUUCUGAUGGUGAUGUUGAGUAUGCAGUCCAUGGUGAAUCUCUUGUUGUUAUACGUUGGUUGAAUGAUAGUGGAGAGAUCAAGGUUGACAAACAGGUGACAAUUGCAUUCUCUGUUGGAAAGUAUGUUAAUGAGGUCACUCUUGCUCCUUUAUCACCUAAGGAGGUUUACCUUGACCAGUUGAAACUUCAACAGGAUUCCAAGGGGAACAUGGGAUGUGAAUUCACAGAAAAAUCUAAGAGAAAAGAGGCUAUGAGAGAAAAGAAUAUAUCCGAAGGCCCAAAGAUGAGUGAAAAGAAAGAAAAUAGUCCAUGUCAUGAGAGUAGUGCAAAUACAGAGAAAAUUGAAAAAGUUGAGAGCAAAUUGUGUUUCGUUGCAAAAGAGAGAGAUUUAAAGAGUGCUUUAAUAGGCAACAAAACUUUGUUUAUGGUUCGGUUUAAGGAUAAUUUAUUCUCUGACACUGACUUUAACUCAAAUUUUCCAAAUAGCUUUGUCUCUUUGUUGCAGGAAUUUGCCGAUGUCUUUUCUACUGAUGUGCCACGUGGUUUGCCUCCAUUACAAAGGAUUGAGCACCAAAUUAAUUUUAUUUCUGGUGCUAGCAUUCCUAAUAGACCAGCCUAUAGGAGUAAUCCUGAAGAGACAAAGGAGCUUCAAAGGCAAGUGGAGGAGUUAUUAGCCAAAUGUCACAUCAGAGAGAGUAUGAGUCCAUGUGCUGUACCAGUUUUGUUGGUUCCAAAGAAGGAUGGUACUUGGCGAAUUUAUAGCACUUGUUUGGAUGACCACUUGUCAUAUGUUCCAACUGUUUUGGAAGUGUUUCGAAAAGAAAAUUAUAUGCCAAUCUUAAAAAGUGCACUUUUUUGUAUUGAUCAAGUUAUAUUUCUUGGUUUUAUUGUGAGUGCGAGUGAAAUCAAAGUUGAUGAGGAAAAGGUAAAUGCUAUUUGUGAAUGGCCGACGCCUAAGAAUGCUUCUGAGGUGUUGUUUUGA